AUGUCCUUUGCGCGCGUACGCUCAACCAUGGCCGCCUGUAAGCAUCUUCGUCCUCGGAGGUUUGCGCCUCUUGAUCCGGUGCGGUCGUCAAAUGCGCCUCCCUUGAAGGGCAUUGUGUUCGAUGUGGAUGGCACUCUGUGCUUGCCACAGCACCAUAUGUUUACAGAGAUGAGAGAAGCACUUGGUAUCGAUCGCUCCAUUGACAUCCUCGACCACAUCCGGGAGCUCCCCGCAGCCGAGCGCCCCACAGCUGUAUCCAAGAUCCAAGACGUGGAGAGACGAGCAAUGGCAGACCAGCAGCCACAGCCAGGCCUACUUCGACUAAUGGAUUAUCUCGAGUCCCGCGGUCUCCGCCGGGCCCUCUGUACCCGUAACUUCGAGAUACCGGUCAAGAACCUUCUUGACAAUCAUCUGCCAGCCCAUAUUUUCUUGCCGAUUAUCACGCGGGAUACGCCAAAUGUUGUGCCCAAGCCUGAUCCCGCGGGUAUUUUGCAUAUUGCAAAUGAGUGGGAGUUGGAAAAUGCGGAGAAUCUCAUCAUGGUUGGUGAUAGUAUUGAUGAUAUGACUUCUGGUCAUAUGGCUGGGGCUGCGACGGUGUUGCUUGUGAAUGAGCGGAAUGGGCACCUGGGAGAACAUCCGCAUACCGAUCUUUGCAUUUCGCAGUUGGAUGACCUGGUGGAUAUUCUUGAAGGAGGGUUCCUCGGCACCAGGGAAAAUGAUGAAGUUGCAUGA